AUGCCGGCAACCGACCUGUUCUGCAUGCGGCACUUGGACGUUAAAACUUGCUUGUUAAGACCGUCUACACACCGCAGACAUUUCAGCAGCUUGCAUCAUUCGCGGCUUUGGUUUGUCGGUACCAACACCGGUUUGCCCAGAGAGGCGUGCAAUCACCAUGGCCUAUGUUCGGCCGAUUCAAAUCAGCUCAACUCGACCAAACAACUUCAUCGGCAAUUGCCUCCGCCCCUUCCUCCCGAUCUACCACCUCUCUUUCUCUCCCCCAUUCACUCAUCCACUCUUCCACUCAUCCACCCAUCCAGCCAUCCUUCCAUCUCAUCCUCUUGCACAGCCUGUCCAUCGACACAACUCGCCUCGUUCGGUUGA